CCGCGUCUGCGCAGCCGCAGUCAGUGCGGCGCCAGGUCUGCAGAGCCCAGACAGGGUCUGGUUGGGGAGGUCCUCAGGUUCUGAAUCCUGUGCCUGGGGAACCAGAGAGGACCCUGGAGCUGGAGGAGAAAGAGAAGCUUAUCUCAGAAGCUCCACCUCCUCCUGGGGCGAUGCAGAGUCUCAAGCCUGAGCAGACGCGGGGGCUGCUGGAGCCCGAGAGGACCAAGAUGCUGCUGCCUCAGGAGAGCCGGGCCUGGGAGAAGCCUCCCCAUCCCACCUGCACCAAAGACUGGGAGGUUGUGGAGGUUGGGGCCUCCAGCUGUGACAGUGAUGAGAAAGACUUACCUUCUCAAGAGACUGGGCUUUCCCAGGAGUGGAGCUCGGUGGAGGAAGAUGACGAAUCAGAGGGUUCCCAGGGCUUUGUGGAGUGGUCAAAAGCUCCACAACAAACAACCAUAGUCUUGGUAGUGUGCGUACUUUUUUUGUUCCUGGUUUUGACGGGGAUGCCUAUGAUGUUUCACAUUUAACUACAAUGGUGGCUGUUGUUUUAAAGGUUUAAUUCAAUGAAAUAGAUGCCCUGUGUCAUGUUACGGAAGUGUGCUAAAAAUCAGAAAUGGGUGUUGAAUAUUUUCAAAUGCCUUUCAAACAUCCUUUGAGAUGAUUUAAAAAAUAUUUUUGGUGUGAGUUUUCACAUACUUUAUUUCCAUGAAAUGAAGACAUCAUUGAUUGUAAAACAUUAUUUUAUAUACCAUGGAGAAAGAAAAAUGCUAAUUAUUCAUAAGAUGCCACCAACUGGAAGAUAACUCCUGACUUUGAGAAGAUGAAAAAAUGUGCAACUGAAGAUCGAUGAAAUCUGGUACAUUUCCUAACAUCAAGCCCACUUUGCAUUCUUAAGGUUGUGGUGCACCAGUCCUUUCAUACUCUAAAUUCUAUUUAUUGAUAUUUUAUGUAGGAUUUUUGACUCUAUCUUCAUAUGUGAGAUUGGUGCUAUCUUUGUGAAGUUUGAUUAUCAUGGUUAAGUUUGCCUCAUAGAAAGACUUGGAUAACUUUUACCUUUUCUAUGCUUCUGAAUAUUUCUGUAGCUUGAAAAGUAUCAGACCCUUGACAUUUUAAAAGAAUUCAUUGUUAUAACCAGGUCAUAGAGCCAUGGAGAGAACGUUUCAGCUAAUUCUUGGGCAGCUUUCUCAGUUAUUUCCAAUGUUAUCAAUUUAUUAAUACUUUUAACCUCUUGCAUUUAUUUUGGUGAUUUAUAGAGUUCUUUUAUCCUCUAGAAAAUUUUUCAUUCCAUAGAGUGGUUUCAUAUUAUUAGCUUAAUUAUGCAUACUGUUUUUAUAAUUAAAAUGUUCUCUUUAUUUUGUUCUAUCCCCUCUAUCCUGUCAACUUCUGCUUGUGGUUUAUUCAUUAUUAGAUUUGUCAAGGAUUUAUCUAGUUUACUAUUGUUUUUCCAAAGAGCCAGCAUUAAGAUUCAUU